GUAGCAAGUAGGGCAUAGUAUCUUGUUCUUGCGAUAUUUUCAUGCAAUUUCUUGUUUCAUAGUCUUUAUAUUCAAAUGUAAUCUUCCAUUGCAUCACUUAUCUAUCAUUUGAUGCCCCCUCUUAGAUCCUCCUUCAAGCUUUCUGUAUUAAAUUAGUUUAGAAUUUAUAUGAGACUAGCAAAAAAAGAAAGCAUUUUUGCGGUUUUUUUUUUUCUGUUUCGCUGGUGAGCGGAUCAAGAUCUGGCUUUUGCUUAGCAGUUAGAGUCAUUGUGUUCUGGAUUUCCAUUUUACUUGUAGAGAUUAGGAAAUGCCAUCUUUAUUUUGCAAAAUGGAAAAUUUUCUGCUCACAUAGGGAAUUUGGAGAGUGUUCCACAAAUUGUUACAUAAACUUUCUGAAAACCAUGGAGUUCUCCAUGAUUUUUAUGUUUAGCAGUACACUACUGUUUUUGGUCAGUUCACCAACAAAUGUUCAUGCUGCUAGUCCUCCAGCACCAAUCCUGCCUCCAACUCCAGCUCCAGCACCAGCACCAAUACCUCCUUAUGUGAAUCUCACUGAUUUACUUUCUGUUGCUGGUCCAUUCCAUACAUUCCUUAAUUACCUUGAAUCCACCAAGGUAAUUGACACUUUCCAAAACCAAGCCAACAACACAGAAGAAGGCAUUACCAUCUUUGUACCCAAAGACAGCGCCUUUUCAUCUCUUAAGAAGCCUUCUUUGUCAAACCUCACUCAAGACCAGCUCAAGCAAGUCAUUCUUUUCCAUGCCUUGCCUCAUUAUUAUUCACUCGCAGAUUUCAAGAACCUUAGCCAAUCAAGUCCUGUUAGCACAUUUGCCGGUUCUGGUGAAUUUAGUUUAAACUUUACGGAUGUAUCUGGAACUGUGCACCUUGAUUCAGGAUGGUCUAAAACUAAAGUUAGCAGUAGUGUGCAUUCAACUGAUCCUGUUGCAAUCUAUCAAGUUGAUAAAGUGCUUCUGCCAGAAGCAAUUUUUGGUGCUGAUAUACCUCCAACUCCUGCCCCAGCACCAGCUCCUGAGAUUAGCCCUGCUGCAGACUCUCCAAAAUCUGAAUUGACUGGAGGAGGACAUGCUCCAGGAAUUGCCCCGCCAAACUCUGCAUAUAGAAUCAUCAACUCUGGUAUUUGGAUUCAACUGAUUUUGGCAGUUUCAGGUGUGCUGGUCUUGUUCUUGUAAGAGAAAAUGUCAUUGUUGAGAGUAUAAUUUAUGUUGAGAGGAUUAUCCAGCAGCAUUUCGUUCAUCUUCUUUGAUUUCAAACCAUUUUUUGAUUAUAUAUGUCACUGAAUUAUAUGUGAGUGAAUGUGAGUACUGUUAUCAUAACUAUUUCUAUUCAAACUAUAUUUCUUUGGCUUGA